CGCGACCUCCAUUCAUUUCCAGAAUCCGCAUUGGCGUGUAGUUCGCAGUGCACAGUUGAGGUUGAAGUCCUCACACCCUAGUCCGUAUAUGGAAGGUAUCACGUGAUAUCCGACCGCCCGCCGCAUUUCGAACCUCAUCUCCGGAUUGCGAAAACGAAGGGCGUCAUUACCAGGAUCUUUUGUUGUCGCUCGGCAUUGCUGCCAAUUGUAUUUCUCUCCGCUCCUUCUCCGUCCUUCCUACAAUCAUGUUCUUCGCCAGGCGAUCGGUGGCCUCGAUGCGGCCUUUCCUGAGGAACCAGCAGCCGCGACGAUUCGCUUCUCACGCUGCCCACGCCGAGCCAGUGAACGAGGGCGUCGGUCGCAGUUUCUACGUCGCCGUCGGUACCUUCGCCUCUAGCUUCGUCCUCUACCGUAUCCACAAGUCGACACAGGAUGCCGGCGAGCAAUCAUGGAUCUCCAGCUUGAUCCAAAAAUGGACUCCCGAUGAGAAGGUCUUCGAGGAGAGAAACGCUAUCCACACCGUGGCCAUGGAGAAGGCUGCGUACGACCGUCACUUGUUCCAAAGCCAAAAUCCUGCGCAAGCUUAUGACCUAAAGCAGCCUGAGGUGAGCUUCAACUCCGGUGCCCCGUGGAAUGUCUCUGCCGGUUCUCAGGCCAACUUGAGCGCCGUUGCCGCACACUACUACCGUCAGAACCAGAAGGUCGAGGAGUCUCGUGUUGCACGGUUGAAGGACGGCAAGGUUGUGUCUUUAUAUGAUUAAACAAAAUCAAUACCUACGAUCUUUGCUUCAAUUUGUUCGGGUGAUCCCAAGAUGCAGGAGAGUGGAGAUGGAUUGUACAUAUACUGGGUUAGCAAAUCUUUAUCGGGUUCCUUUGUUCGAUUGCGGAUUCAUGCCGUUUUAUAUACAAGGAUGAAGGGCCAAAAGGGAUUCGCUAUUGAGGAUUAGAAGAGAGACGAAGCGGACACUAAACAAAUCCUGCCUAUGCCUUAACACUCCCAGCCUGUGUAACCUCAAGCACUACCCUGCCCACACCUUGAGACUUGACAUCCACCAAUUCCUUCACAUCCAUUUCAUUUCCGCUAGUAUUCCUCAAAACCGCAAGGAAUUCAUCCACGCCACCCCCAACUCCGAAAUAGACCUUCUUAGCCGCAAUGAGAGCCUUGCUCUUACUUUCAGUCGUUCCAGACAGC